AUGGCAAAGGUAUUCCAUUUCCUCCCUCUCCUCAUCCUCAGCAUGUUCAUCCAAACAAUUCGUGCUCAAACAACAGCUCCAGCACCAUCAGGACCCACCAACAUCACCCAAGUCCUAGAAAAAGCAGGGCAAUUCACAACCUUCAUGAAACUUCUCAAAGCAACACAAGUAGCUGAUCGCAUCAAUUCUCAACUCAACAACUCAAACCAAGGCUUAACCAUCUUUGCACCCACUGAUAAUGCGUUCUCAAGUCUAAAAGCAGGAACACUAAACUCCAUCAACACCCAAGAUCAACUCCAGCUGUUGCAGUUCCAUAUACUCCCAAAUCUCUACACAAUGUCACAGUUCCAAACAGCAAGUAACCCAUUGCACACACAAGCUGGGAACAGUGAUGAUGGAGAGUACCCUUUGAAUGUUACCACCUCAGGGAACCAAGUGAAUGUAACAACUGGGGUGGUGGAUACAACAGUGUCCAAUGUUAUAUAUAGUGAUAACCAACUUGCGGUGUAUCAGGUGGACAAGGUGCUCCUUCCUAUGGCACUCUUUGGCCAAGCGCCGACAGCGGCGCCGGCGGAGGCUCCGGCACCGACAAAGCCGGAGAAAAAUGUCCGGGCGGCUGAUUCUCCGACAGGGUCGUCGGAUACAUCGGUUGAUGCUUCGAGUGCUGUGAGUCUGAAACUAAAUAAGCAAAGAGUUAAGGGUGUUACUAUGACCGUUGCCAUUCUUGCUUCUUUGUGGAUGUAGUCUUAGGAUGUUCCUUUUUUUUUUUUUUCUUUUUAUGUAUUUCGUUUCUAUUUUUCUUAAUUUUCGCGAGUUUGUGUUUAUUGAUGUUAAGAUCUCGUGUACUUUUGCUGCUACAGAGUUAAAAU